AAUGUGUAAUUGUUUAUAUCCUUUUUUAUUUUGUAUUAUGUUGCUGGGCUAGAGCACAGAUGACAUCCGGAGUUGUCUUUGCGAAUUACAAAAGGUUUUAUUUACCUUUCUAGAAAAGUCCGCCUGUCAACACUCGGUGCCUAACGCUCCCCAGCAGAACGGGGAAAAACAGUAACUGCCGAGCAAACAGCCGUUCCAGGAACACACCUCACAGCAACGCAUUCACUGACAUAACGGAAAUAUGAGUACCAAAGAUUAAUACACAAGACAGACACAAAACCAAGUUCAGAAGAAAUUAAGAAACUACAAUGAACAAUGAAUGAACUUAUCAUAAAGAAAACAGAUUGGGUGGGGUACCUAAUAAACUAAUAAAUUCGGUGUCUCUCACAAUUAACAGUUAUUUUAUUUGACAUGUUGCUUAAAGGUUUAUUUACUCUGCCGCCCCAAAAUAAGCCAGUGGCCCCUAGCUAAUCUCCUCCAAUAUGACAGAAUGCCAGCUGGUGGCUGCAGCUUCUGCUGACAUUUUCUCCCAGCAACUGACAUUUCUUCCUAGACUGUGUUGUCCUGUGGCUUUGAAUGACUUCUCUCUGUGUUUUCUUUCAGGAUAACAUGGAGGAAGGUCAGGACUUUUCCCUCCAUGGGAAGGCAGUAGUUAAUGAUGCUAAUCUGAGAGACGAAUACUACUGGAAGCUCAUUGCAGACUUCAUUGGUCCUCAAACAGGGGAGGGACUAGACCUGAACCAGGGGCUGUGCAAGAACAGACUGAUGAUCCAAGUUGGACUUCUGAGGGAGGACAAUAAUUUUCCCUGGCUCGCCAUCACAGAGUGGCUGAAGAAGAUCUUCCCCGCUCAUCAGUCAGCUGACUUCCGCUGUUUGAUCGAAAGAGGCAUUGCAACAACGCUGAGCCUGGGCAUCGAAGCCCGGUUUGCCUUUCUGGAUUCAGAUGUCAACUUCAACUUUGUUGGCCCAAUAUGCGACAGUAUCGGAGUGGAGCGCCAGCAUCUUCUGGAGCUCAGGGAUUUUUCAGAGCGGGCACGGUCCAUCGAAGUCACAAAUGGACUGAUUGUCGAGUUGAGCAACUUUGUUGCCAGGGAAAAAAUUUCCCCAGUAGUCAUUGUUUCCUGGCUAAGAAACUUUAACCCAGAGUACUGUAAGAGUGGGGCCAUUCAAAAAGCAUACAAGCUCCUUCGGUCCAGAAUAAAGAAGCUGAAAAUUUACUGCCGCAACUAUGAAACAAGGAGUCACAGGAAGAAUGCAGCCAUUGAAAAAGUGCUUCAGAGUCCGUUUGAACUGGUCCAGAAGAAAUCACCAAAACUUUUUGUAAAAAAACGCCCGAGGAGAGAAGAUUAUGAAAGGGUUACGAUCAAAGAAGAAGAUGAGUGCUCAGAAAUGUCCCAAGGCGAAGGUCCUGAGGUGCACAGGGAGGAAGUAGGAACUGGGCUGCAGAGAGGAAAUGCUGAGGCAGGAAGCGAGGAUGACGGAAAGACAUCCAGCUCUGAUUGCGGAGAAUUCCUGACCCUGCUGGACAUCGCCAUGCUGUCCGUCCAGAAGCUGUCCAGUGUUUACGGCGGGAAAACUGAAGCGUGCAAAAGUGUUUCGUUGGAUCUGCUGAAGAAUCACUACGCUCUGACCUACAAAGAGCAUCCAGCCAUGGAAGAGUUUGAGAAAAAGGUGAACGGUGUCCGGAAGGAGACUUCCCUCGUGCACCCAGUGGUGUUUUUAAACUACAAUGCUAAUUACCUUGUUGAUCUGCACGAUGCGGUGGAGGCACAGAUCAUGAGCUUUGAGAAGGAGAUCAUCCUGUCCACAGGAGUGAAACUGGGCCGAGAUAAUCUUCCCAAAUUCAAGAACUUUGUCAGUUUGCCAGAAAGUGCCACGUCACGUUACAUCCACAUGGCCUGUGAUAUCCUGAGCCCGAUCAGCCCGGAGAAACCGAACUACAGAAAGCAUUGGGUGGCAUUCUGUGAGGAGAAGGGAAACCCCUCCAGACUCGCUGUGAACCAAUCAAACAGACUGAAUAAUUACUUCGAAGCAGCAGCAGGUCUUAUCCACCAUCACAAGGAGACGGCUCUCUUCUUUGCAGAUCUGCUGUCGAUUGCCAACGACCCAUGCCCGAACAUCAUCCUGGAGAGCGUUGCGGCAGACGCAAAUGACUCCAUGAUCCAGAGCUUCGUAUGCGUCGUGGCCAUAGUUUACUGCAAGAUCCUCGGCCCCUACUGGCAGCUCCUGAAGAGCGGAGGAGAAUAUGCGUUCUUCAGUCAGUUCCUGCUGUGUCUGUACCAAAGGUUCAUCGACUGGUCCAAAGAUCCCUCCACACUGCUGGCACCAGAGGAGGACAGCAACGUCUUUCUGCAGUUCCCGCUGCAAGAGAAAAUCUUCUGCGGGGUGUUUAGCUUCUGUGGCGAGUGGCACACAAACCGAGACCUGAUCCGAGCUUGUCUGAAGAGGACCAUCAAGGUGAUUGCUGCUGUCACUGAGGAACACCUGAAGAACUUUCUACCUGGAGGAAUGUUUUCCCAAAUUCCUUCCACUGAUGUGUGCUUGGAGUUGGUCAGCUGCACGUUCUCUGUCUUGAUGGCAGAGUAUCCCUUCGGCCAUGCGUAUCCAUACAACAAGAAAAGGCCGGACAAGCUGUCCAAGAACUCCUCAAAAAGCCAGCUGGACAGCUCGCAGGAAGAUGAAGGCAUAUCUGGCAACAGCUCUGAUGAAGCUUCGAGGAGCAGAAACGGCUCCCAGUUCGGCCAGAAAGAGGAGCAAAGCCCUCAGACGAGAAAAGGUUACAGAAGAGUCCCUGAGGAAAAGCGGGAGGAGAAUGGACAGGGACUACAUUAUCGCCACAGUGACCAGAAACGGAGGCCCCUGCAAAACCCAGCAGGACAUUGAAAAAAUGCUGCUACGCUUGGAUGGGAAGUCGCGACUGGAGAAACGGGAAGGGCUUCGCUGCGAGAUCCUGUAUCAGAAGAUGGUUCUGAACAACACAAACCCACACCUGGACCAUCACUGCCUCAACUCCACCCAGAUGGCGCUGAAGCUAAAAUUUGCUCUCCCUCGUGUCAAACCUGGAUACUCGCUGGUGCUAGCGCCCAGGAAGACCAAGCUGAGGCCCUCCGGUCGGCGCGAUGCGGAGGACCGAGCGGCUCCAGCCGCUGGCGCCGGCCUGCUGCCGUCCGGAGAGACGAAUCCAGAGUCUUCUUCAGCGGAGGUCGGGAUGACCAGCUGAGCUGAAACCCUACAAAGAUGUUCCACACUAACACGUUCUGUGUUGGAAAUGUGAAAUUUGAUGCCACUGCAUGCUAGCAUGGAGCCGCUGCAGACAUUUCAGGAUAGGAAACCUUGACAUUUGGGGAUGUUCCCAAUUUGCAGUUCAGACUUGUUCUCCUGUGUCAAAAUAAAUAUUGUUUUCUCAUUUAAAAAAAUGAUUUUGUUUAGGUAUUUUUUACAGCAAUAAAAUGUUUUGACACUAAAAUUUGGAAGUUAAACAUUCAUAGAAAGCAAAGCUGAGUAACCAUUGGGCAGUGAAGGUUAAGAGCUUAAAGCCGUCUGAUUCUCUGACUUGCAGGUAGGAGAGCAACAGAGCCAUUUUUAGAAGCGCAGACUGAGACAAGGAGGAAAGCAAGAAGACGGUCUGGACACAUCCAUUGGAAUCGUUUCGAAGUUUUGUGGGAAGACUUUGUAGGAUCAUUUUGGUGCCGUUGGGAUCCGGCAUGUGGUUCUGUUGUGAUCCCCUCCUGUCACACUGGAGCGGAUCACAGCUGCAGGGAGUUUGGGCUCCCUUGGUUGUCCGGGCUCCGAGUAGACCUGCUGCUCCUCGUUCAGGCGCCCUGGGAGGAAACCCAGAGGAAGACCGGGACCAUGAUCCCCUGCUGGGGGACCCGGGCCUCCUGGUCCAAUCCUGCAACCCCAGACUAAGAGGAAGAUGAGGGAUGGAAUCGACUAAAGCAAUGUAUUCAUAUUUUUUCCUAAAAUUUUGAAUGGAAUAUUAUGUAUUUUCUCAUUUGAUUAGGUAAUUGCAUUACAGCCCCAAACUGCUGAAAUUGAAAUGUCUGUUCAGAUGUGAGUUUCUCUUCCAGUUUCUUUAGAGCCAUUAGAAUAAAUCUGGUUGCUUGUGCUGUUUGCUUUUGCUAAUGAAAGUGUUUGAACCGGGUUCUGGACAGCAAUAAACCUGUUUCUCUUUUCC